AUGGCCUUUUCAUCUAACGACAGGAGACACGGACUCCUCCCUUCGUCCCUCUACUCAACAGCAGCAGCCGCUGCGCUCCGCAGAGCCUCGGCUCAGCCGGAGCUGAGCAGGUCCGUCGACUUGCUAGCCACGUCGGCUCUGGUUCCGGCGAGGAACGGCCUUGACCUUGCCAGGAAAGCGGGCUUCGGAGGAAUCAGCGGCAACAGCGGCAGCACCAGUGGCAGCGCCGGUAGUCGGUUCUUUGUGCCAGCAGCGGCAGAGGUAAAGGGGAAGAUCGCAAUGCACUCGCCUCAGUUCUACGCGGCCUGCACGGCGGGCGGCAUCCUCAGCUGCGGGCUCACGCACAUGGCGGUGACGCCGCUCGAUCUCGUCAAGUGCAACAUGCAGAUCGACCCCGCCAAGUACAAGAGCAUCUCGUCGGGCUUCGGCGUGCUGUACAGCGAGCAGGGCUUCCGCGGCUUCUUCCGCGGGUGGGCGCCCACGCUGAUCGGGUACAGCGCGCAGGGCGCGUGCAAGUUCGGCUUCUACGAGUACUUCAAGAAGCUCUACAGCGACCUGGCGGGCCCCGAGUUCAGCGACAAGUACCGCACGCUCAUCUACUUGGCGGGAUCCGCGUCCGCCGAGGUCAUUGCUGACCUGGCGCUGUGCCCGUUCGAGGCGGUGAAGGUGCGCGUGCAGACGCAGCCCGGCUUUGCGCGGGGCCUCCUUGACGGCUGGCCCAAAUACGUCGCCGCGGAGGGAUACGGCGGGCUGUACAAGGGUCUCGGACCUCUAUGGGGCCGUCAAAUUCCCUACACGAUGAUGAAGUUUGCGUGCUUUGAGAAGACGGUGGAGGCGCUGUACAAGUACGUGGUGCCCUACCCCAAGGACGAGUGCUCCAAGCGCACGCAGCUGGGCGUCAGCUUCGCCGCGGGGUACAUUGCGGGGGUCUUCUGCGCCGUGGUGUCGCACCCCGCUGACAACCUCGUGUCCUUCCUCAACAACGCCAAGGGCGCCACUGUCGCCCAGGCGGUGGAGAAGAUGGGCAUCGUGGCUCUGUGCACGCGCGGGCUGCCCCUGCGCAUUGUCAUGGUGGGCACACUCACCGGGCUGCAAUGGGGCAUCUAUGACGCCUUCAAGGUCUCCGUUGGCCUGCCAACCACCGGCCAUGUAGAGAAGAAGGUAGAGAAGACGGACUGA